UUUUAUGAACAUAAAGAAAUUGUGAUAAGUAAAGACAUGUAUUAUACAGCUUGGAGCUGCAUUAUCCACGUAUGGGCUCUUUUAUACACCCGUACAUCCAACAAAAGUCGCACAAGAUUUUUGGUAUAAGAACACCCAACAACACACAACACACACAAAUGAAAGGAAACUACGUCUAGAAAUCAAACAAUUAGUGAGAUAAAAAAUGGGAAGCUUCCACCAAAAGAGUCCAAUUCUUCUUCCACAAGACCUAAAAGUGAGCAUCAAAGAGUGUAGUGUGGUAUUUCCAUCCCAAUUAGAAACUGAUCAAAAGAAGAAAUCAAAUGUGUUAUUCUUGACAAACAUAGACCAAGUCCUCAACUUCAGCGUUGAAACACUCCAAUUCUUUUCACCCCACACCAAAUUCCCAUCCCAUGUUAUAAUUGAGAAAAUGAAAACCACUUUUUCAAAGCUCCUAGUGCCCUAUGAACUGCUGGCUGGAAGAUUGAAAGUUAGCCAUGAAAAUGGGCGUUUAGAGAUUGAUUGUAAUGGUGCUGGGGCUGGCUUUGUGGUGGCUUCAAGUGAUUAUUGUUUGGAUGAGAUUGGAGAUUUGGUUUACCCUAAUCCUGCCUUUCAUCAGCUUGUUACUAAGUCUUUGGCUGCCCUUUUCAAGCCUCAUGAUCAACCACUUGUCAUUCUUCAGGUUACGUUAUUCAAAUGUGGUGGUUUUGCAAUGGGAUUUUCCACGAACCACUGCGCAUUUGACGGCCUGAGCUUCAAGCAGUUCUUAGACAACUUUGCUGCUCUAGCUGAUAAUAAGCCCUUGGUUGUGACUCCCUGCCAUGAUAGACGUCUCCUGACUGCUCGAUCCCCACCACGUGUCACUUUCCCACAUCACGAACUUCUUAAGAUUGAUACUCCCCUACCUUCUCCAGACUCAUCAAACACCUCAGUCUUUGAAGCCACUCCACAAGAUCUUGACUUCAAGAUCUUCAAGUUAAGUGGCACAGACAUUGCCACCCUUAAACAAAAGGCACAACCGUUGACCACUAGCAAACAAGAUGAUGGCCAUGGUGGCAAAAAGCUCCGUAUCACAGGAUUCAACGUUGUCACCGCCCUUGUUUGGAGGUGUAAGGCGCUGUCGUUCGAAGCUAAAGACAACUACGAAAGACAAUCCACGUUGCUCUACGCCGUGGACAUAAGGUCAAGAAUGGACCCACCGUUGCCAACAUCGUAUUGCGGGAAUGCAGUGUUGACAGUGUACGCCACUGCAAAAUGCAAGGAGCUGAAAGACGGGCCAUUUUCAAGGGUGGUGGAGAUGGUAUCGGAGGCAGCAACAAGGAUGACGGACGAGUAUGCGAGGUCGGCCAUAGACUGGGGAGAGCUUUACAAGGGGUUUCCAAAUGGGGAGUUCUUGGUGUCUUCAUGGUGGAGAUUAGGGUUAGAAGAUGUUGAAUAUCCAUGGGGAAAGCCAAGAUCUAGUUGUCCUGUGGUGAAUCACAGAAAGGACAUCAUAUUGCUAUUUCCAGAUAUAAAUGAAAGUGAAAAAACCAAUAGUGGACUGAAUAUUUUGGUGGCUCUUCCUGAGACGCAGAUGGUGAAGUUUCAAACUCUCUUCAAGGAGUUUAUGGCUUAAUGUAUAACAAUAACUUAUAUGAUGUAGUUUGUGUGUGAUCAUUGAAAAAAAUUAUGAGCUUUAAGUUGAUAUA